AUGGUGAUUAUCGUGCAACAUCCGGGGGAAGACCCUUAUCUAGAAGCCUCGCAUGCCGUGCAUGAAGGGCUUGCACCCAUGGAUGCAUUCCCAGUGAAGAAUAUUGAUACAGCUGAAACCCUGGUUGAAGGGAUUGUGGAAGAUGUUACUGAUAGUGACUUUGAAGGGGAUGGUCAAAAGCGGCCCCAAAACAAAAGGCAAGAAAAUGAGUGCGAGGCACCUUGUGACUUCAACAGUGCUAUGGUAACCUACCAACUCGGAAACCAGACACGGCUUCCUGUUCAUGAAAUCCUGGGUACGCAACCCCAAGAGGGUGGCAACAAAGAGCUGAAGGAGCAGCUUGGAAGCCCGCCACUGUUGGCAAAACCAACGGAGGGUGAAGCCUUAAUCCUUGGACUAGGGGUUUCCGAGUUCUCAAUUAGCGCUGUCCUGAUCAAGGAGGAAGAGCAAGCCCAACAGCCGGUAUAUUAUGUGAGCAAAAGAUUACUUGACGCUGAAACCCGUUACUCAAACAUGGAGAAGUUAGCCUAUGCACUAAUUUUGGCUUCUCGCAAACUAAGGCCCUACUUCCUGGCUCACAAGAUUGAAGUGCGAACAUCCUUCCCCCUCAGACAAGUUUUACACAAGUCGGAAGCCUCUGGCAGAAUUAUGAAGUGGGCGGUUGAGCUAGGCCAAUUUGAUAUAGAAUACAGGCCAAGAACCGCAAUUAAGGGGCAAGCACUAGCUGACUUCAUCCUAGAGUUUCCACCCACCUUCGAAGUUGAAGGGAUGGAGUGUGUACCUGAGCCUCAGUCUCCGAUAGCCAUACCCGAGAAUUGUUCCCCUUGGUGGAACUUGUACGUCGAUGGGGCUGUCAAUGGAAAUGGGGCCGGGGCUGGCAUCGUCCUAGUCAGUCCGGAAGGCCAUAAGCUGCGAAGCUCCAUUCAUUUCGACUUUAAAUCCACCAACAAUGACGCAGAGUAUGAAGCCCUAAUAGCUGGGCUGAAGCUAGCCUUGGACAUGAGGGUGGAAAAUAUGAAUGUUUACAGUGAUUCUAUGUUGGUAGUCUGGCACAUCCGAGAUCUGAUCGGUGAAUUACCAAAAGGGAAAGGAGGGGUGAAAUACGCAGUCGUGGCUAUAGACUACUUUACUAAAUGGGCUAAGGCUGAACCCCUGGCUUCCAUCACUGCAAGGAAGCUAGUAGACUUCGUUUAUCGAGCAAUCGUCUGUCGAUACGGGGUUCCCUACAAGCUCAUAUCAGACAAUGGGAAACAGUUUGAUAGCAAUGAGAUGAUGAAUUUCUGUGAACACCUUGGCAUAAAGAAAGGCUUUUCCGCAGUGUGCCACCCUCAGAGUAACGGUCAGACAGAAGCCGUCAACAAAAUUAUUAAACACACCCUGAAAGCCAAACUGGAAGAGAAAAAAGGCUGCUGGCCAGAAGAACUCCCUAUGGUGUUGUGGUCUUACAAUACAGCGCCAAGGUCUACCACUAGCGAAACCCCGUUCACCCUAACAUACGGGUGUGAAGCUAUGGUUCCCGUGGAAGUUGGUGCAGGAUCUUUUCGAAGGGAUAACUAUGACCCUGAGAACAAUGAAGUCAAUCACAGGCUCUACCUAGAUCUGAUUGAAGAAGUAAGGCAUACGGCUCAGCUAAAACUCGCUGCGUAUCAACAGAGGACCCGUAAGUAUUUUGAUAAGAAAGUGAGGGCUCAACCCCUCAAAGCGGGAGACCUAGUUCUCAGGAAAAUGAUGCCCAACAUGAGGGUUUCCGCUCAUGGAGCCUUCGGUGCAAAAUGGGAAGGCCCAUACAUCAUCAAAACUGUGCUUUGGGAAGCUUUCCGUUACAAAAAUGUCGUAUAUGCUUGCUUGCUUACUGUGAUUGUUAGUUGA